AUGGUAGUCAUCGAGGAGGAAUGGGAAGAUUCGGGAGAUACAAAAACAGCUGAGAAAUUGAAACAAGAAGGAAAUACAAAGUUUGGCGAGGGUAAAUGGAAGGAAGCUGAAGACAAGUAUAAGGAAGCUCUUGCAAUAUGCCCGGCAGAGGACGUUGUGCUUUGUACAAUACUGCACUCUAAUCUCUCAGCCGCCUAUAUAAAACAAGCCCAAUGGGAAGAAGCAGCUGGGGCGGCUACAAAAGCUAUGGAGGCUGAUUCAACGAACGACAAAGCUUUAGAAAGACGAGCCUUUGCGUAUUCAAAAAUUCCUGAGAAAUUCCAGAAUGCCCUAGAAGAUUAUGAGCUACUAAAGGAAAGAUUUCCCCAACGAGUUCAGUACGUGAGAAAGAUUGAAGAGGUGAAGAACAGAAUUGCUGAACGCGAUGAAAAUUUGAAAAACGAAAUGAUCGAAAAGCUGAAGGACUUAGGAAAUGUGUGUUUGCGGCCAUUUGGACUAUCAACUGAUAGUUUUGAAAUGGUUCCAAACGGCGAAGGAGGAUAUAGCAUUUCAAUGAAAAAGCCCACAACAUGA